GAUAGAUAUUAAAGCGUUGAAGGGGUGCUGGCGGCACAGACGUCAGUUUGGUACUGAGGUGGGUUUUGCAGUUCCCGGUGUCCAGCGGCCUCCGUGUUUUUAUCACGAUGAGGAAGUUGUGGUUAAUCGGGUUGUGCUGUCUCAUUGUGACAUUCGCUUCAGUAAGAGCUGACGAUGAAGUGGAUAUAGAUGCAACUGUGGAAGAUGACCUUGGAAAAAGCAGAGAAGGGUCUCGAACGGAUGAUGAAGUUGUUAGCAGGGAAGAGGAAGCAGUUCAGUUGGAUGGUCUAAACGCAGCCCAAAUUAAAGAGAUUAGAGAAAAAUCUGAGAAAUUUGCAUUUCAGGCAGAGGUGAAUCGAAUGAUGAAGCUUAUUAUUAACUCGCUCUACAAAAACAAAGAGAUCUUCCUUAGAGAAUUGAUUUCCAAUGCUUCAGAUGCACUUGAUAAGAUCAGAUUAAUGUCCUUGACUGAUGAAAAUGCCCUAGCUGCCAAUGAAGAAUUGACUAUAAAAAUUAAGUGUGACAAAGAGAAAAACAUGCUACAUGUAACAGAUACAGGCAUUGGUAUGACAAAGGAUGAACUUGUUAAGAACUUAGGAACAAUUGCAAAAUCGGGCACCAGUGAGUUUUUGAGCAAGCUUACUGAAGCCCAAGAUGAAGGCCAGUCUACCUCGGAGCUUAUUGGUCAGUUUGGAGUUGGUUUCUAUUCAGCCUUCCUCGUUGCUGAUCGAGUUAUUGUGACCUCUAAACAUAACAACGGUACACAGCACAUAUGGGAAUCAGACUCAAAUGAGUUCUUUGUGACAGAGGAUCCUCGUGGUGACACCCUAGGUCGUGGAUCAACUAUUACAUUGGUUCUUAAAGAAGAGGCAUCUGAUUAUCUCGAACUGGACACCAUUAAAAACCUUGUGCGGAAAUAUUCUCAGUUCAUAAACUUCCCUAUCUAUGUCUGGAGCAGUAAGACUGAGACUGUAGAGGAGCCCAUUGAGGAGGAGGAAGCCAAAGAGAAGGAAGAGGAAACAGAUGAAGAGGCUGCUGUCGAAGAGGAAGAUGAGGAAAAGAAACCUAAAACUAAAAAGGUUGAGAAGACUGUCUGGGACUGGGAACUAAUGAAUGAUAUCAAGCCAAUCUGGCAGAGACCAUCCAAAGAAGUUGAAGAGGAUGAAUACAAGGCCUUCUAUAAAUCAUUCUCUAAGGAAAGUGAUGAUCCUAUGUCUUACAUCCACUUUACUGCUGAGGGAGAGGUUACCUUUAAAUCUAUCUUGUUCAUCCCACAAUCUGCUCCACGUGGUCUCUUUGAUGAAUAUGGGUCCAAAAAAAGUGACUUUAUUAAGCUAUUUGUACGUAGAGUGUUUAUUACGGAUGACUUCCAUGACAUGAUGCCAAAGUACUUGAAUUUUGUUAAGGGUGUGGUUGAUUCAGAUGACUUGCCUCUGAAUGUAUCUAGAGAGACUUUGCAACAACAUAAAUUAUUAAAGGUUAUUAGAAAGAAACUUGUACGCAAGACUCUUGAUAUGAUCAAGAAAUUAGCAGAAGAAAAAUUCAAUGAUAAAUUCUGGAAAGAGUUUGGUACCAAUAUUAAACUUGGUGUGAUUGAAGACCACUCUAACCGUACCCGUCUUGCAAAACUACUUAGGUUCCAGUCGUCCCAUCACAAGUCUGAGCUGACAAGCUUGGAGCACUAUGUGGAAAGAAUGAAGGAGAAACAAGAUAAAAUCUAUUUUAUGGCAGGGUCUAGCAGGAAAGAGGUUGAGUCUUCUCCAUUUGUUGAACGUCUUAUAAAGAAAGGUUAUGAAGUGGUUUUCCUAAUAGAACCUGUGGAUGAGUAUUGUAUCCAGGCUCUGCCAGAGUUUGACGGAAAAAGGUUUCAGAAUGUUGCUAAGGAAGGACUGAAAUUUGAUGAAAGUGAAAAGACAAAAGAAGCACGAGAAGCAAUGGAAAAAGACUAUGAACCAUUACUUACAUGGAUGAAGGAUAAAGCACUGAAAGAUCAGAUUGAAAAGGCUAUAUUGUCUCAGCGUCUUACCCAGUCUCCUUGUGCCCUGGUUGCUAGUCAGUAUGGAUGGUCUGGCAAUAUGGAACGAAUAAUGAAAGCACAGGCAUACCAAACUGGAAAAGACAUUUCAACAAGUUACUAUUCCAGCCAGAAGAAGACACUUGAAAUUAACCCAAGACAUCCUUUGAUCAAAGAUAUGUUGAGACGAGUAAAAGAAAAUGAGGAAGACCAAACUGUGGCUGACCUUGCUGUUGUACUCCUUGAAACUGCCACAUUACGUUCGGGCUAUCAGUUGCCAGAUACCAAAGAAUACAGUGACAGAAUAGAAAGAAUGCUUCGGCUGAGCUUAAAUAUUGACUUAAAUGAGAAGGUGGAAGAAGAGCCAGAGGAGGAGGCAGAAGCUGAACAAGAAGAUUCAGAUGAUGUGGAAGAGGUAGAGGCUGAAGAUGUUGAAAAAUCUAAAACAGAAGAGACACAGGCAGAAUCAGACUCACAGGAAUCUACAGAUAUAAAAGAUGAACUGUAAAUACCAUCUUGAACUGGUUAAAGGGUUGUUGGGGAGGGAGGGGAGGGUUUUUUAGUUGGGAUUUUUUUUUUUUUAAAUAAACAUUCCUCAUGAAUGUGUAAAUUUGUACUAUUUAUGAGUAUAUACUAAUGUAAAAUCUUGUCACAUGAAAACAAAUAAAUGUUCAAAUUCCAUACUGGA